AUGGUUGACUCCAGCGGCGGCACCGGCGGCGGGGGAUCGGAAUUAUCCUCCGGCUUCUCCGGUUUCUCCGGCGGGAGCCAGCCGGCGGCGACGGCGUAUCGGACAUUCCGAUCUUUGGUGGAGAGCGCGGACAGGAAGUUCGCAAGGGUGAGGGACUCGCCAGCGUACGCAAAGGAGAGGAAUCCGCACUGCCGGAGGAAGGUGUUCAAGGCGUACACGAGGGUGUGGAGGUUCCAGCAGGAGCACAGGAGGGAGCUGGUGGAGGCGGGGCUGCGGCGGUGGGAGAUCGGCGAUGUGGCGUCCCGGAUCGGGCAGCUCUAUUACGCCCAGUACCUGCGGAAUAGCGACGUGAGGUUCCUGGUCGAGGCGUACGUCUUCUACGAGGCCAUACUCAGCAGAGGGUAUUUCGAGAGGGGGAAAGAAGGGAGGGAGGUCGCAAGAGGAAAGCAGCAGCUUCUGUCGGAUCUGGGAGUGAGAUGCAAGGAGCUGAGAUUUUACGCGCGAUUCGUUCUCGUGGCGCUUCUGCUGAACCGGAGAGAACUGGUCUGGACGCUCGUAGAGAGGUUCAGAGCGCUAGUCGACCACUGUGGGGUUACGUUCCCGGUACGCCUCCUAAGCUUCAGUACCCCCGUGUCCGCCGCCUCCCCCUACAAUUGCGUAGCCUUUUAGAGAAAUUUGAGAUAUUCGAUUUGUAAAAUUCUUCAAUUCUCUUACUGCUGAUUUUUUUCCCCCCUAUUUCCCGAAGAAAAUCGACAAUUCCAUGGGAUUCUUUUUUUCUUCGUUGCAUUUGUGCUUCGGCUUCCUCCAUGCCCUUUUGUUGUUUGCGUCACAUUUUUUUGGAUAAACUGGACUGAACUUUUAAUGCUUAAUCUCACUCUGGAGGGGACUAAUUUUCUUCUCGCGCAUCGUCUACUUUCAUAUCAGUGAAUCUUUCUGAUAUGAAGAGCAUGUUUUCCUUUGACAUCGACUCUUUCAUUGAAUCUUUAGCUGGAUCCUGCUGGAAGAAAAUUGAACCUCUUUGUUCUGCACUGAGAAUACCGAAACUGAAAUGUAUCUCCGAAUUGAAAAUCAUGAGGGUGGUCAGCUAAACGCAUUUUUGUUCAUUGCUGAUAGACGUAAGUACAGACGCUCCGAAAAUGCUCCAUCUGAAUAACCAGAUCUCUAGUGGACCCUGUUGUCGAGUCCUUCUGACGAUUCAAUUACGAGGGAGAAAGUUGCAUGUAUCAGUCGCUUUUGUAUCGAAUAACAGAUAUGUUGGCAAUGGAGAAGAAUGGAAGAAAGACUAUGAGAUACUGAUCUUUUGAUAAUCGUAGAUUUUUGCCAAUUUAUUUACGGUUGACCAUACUUUCGCAAUUUAUCAUGGGUCAAUGUGUUGGUAUGCAUUGGUUGACGGAUUGCAGAUUGUAAAUAACAAAUUUUUAGUGGCUGAGAUUGGCUUUUAAUUGGUUGUUGAUGUACUAGAUGAAAAAACUGGGUAUAAAGCAAAAGGGAGGGAUGAAGAAGCUUUAUAACUUCUGUGUUUUCUAACAUCCAGCCAGUUGAAGCAGUUCGAACGAGGGAGAGGAUGAGUCCAUCUGGUAAUGUGUAUACUGUGAUUCUAGAACUGCUCAAUACCCAAGCAGAUGGGUAAUACAUUUCGUGGUGUUUAUGAAAGGGGCAUAACCCACUGCAAGGGGAAUCUCUAGUUGGAGGAUGGAAGAGAACAGGUUGCAGGAGGUUGAUGUUUUGAUCGGAGAAAUGCUUAUUGGUAGAUUGUGCGUUAUGUGGCUCAUAGGCGUGGAGUCUUCUCUCCAAAUUUAUAUUUUUGGAAUUUUUGUCUUGAUUAAUCCGUUGCGAAACCUUGUAGCAGCUGCUUUUCUCUUAAUUAUAUUAUUUUUCAAUUUUAGGAGACAAAUUUCAAGGAGUGGAGGCAAGUGCUACAAGAUAUUUCUAGGUUUCUAAAAGCUGACGCAGGCUUCACCACAAGCAGCAGGCCUUUGAGAUGCACUCCUAUGUUUGACUUCCACCCGUCCUCCAGCUCUCAUAUUGCUAGAUUUCAGGCUAACAGGAGUUUGAGACUCCAGGAGGCGAUUUUAACUAGCUACCAUCGGAACGAGGUCCGUUGACUUUUAAAAUGGUUUUUCGUUUUUUUUUCCCUGAAAAAUAAUUUUGAUAAAUUGACGGCAACUUCUUGUUGGUUGCAUCUUCCAUCCUCAGGUGAAGUUCUCAGAGCUCACUCUGGAUACUUACAGAAUGUCGCAGUGUCUGGAGUGGGAACUCGAUGGAUCCAUUUAUCAAACGAAUGCAGGAGAUUCUACUGAUAAUUCUUCAUUUAAUGACUACAGUGGAGCCUCUGGGGCCAUCAAAAUGAAAUUUUCUUCGGAUAUGGCUGAUCCAAGUCUGCCCCCAAAUCCAAGAAAAUCUAUUCUUUACCGUCCAUCUGUCUCACAUCUGAUUGCAGUAAGUAUCGAGUUGCAUCAUCCUACGGCUUUUAUUUCCAACCUUGUGACGAUCUUUACAUGCAUUCCGCAUAAAAGUCAGCACAUUCCACCUACUUUUACUCCUUUGCUCGUCUAUCUUGACGCAGAUAAUCAGAAUUCUCUACUCUUUCACCAGAUAUCAGGCGUUAGUCCGUCCUCCUUCCGGAUUAAUGUGAUAUAUGCUUUUGGGUUACUAAAAUGUUAGGUCAAAACAGCUCUGGUUUGAACGGAAACCUGUGUGUUUGGGUUGUGUGAAUCAGAUCAGGCUUUCAAGAUUCCGAUCAAUGAGAUGCCUGAGGAUCCUCAAUCUUAUAGGCACUUUGAAAAUAAGAGAAGGGCAAUAUUUUUUCUAUAUUUUACCGCUUUUUAAGUUAAUUAAAAAAAAAACUCUCUUCCUCCAUUAAAGAACAAAAAGUGUCAAAAUACUGCAUUGAAACAAACUCCCUUUACUUUUUGCUGGACUAUUUUUUUUUAAAAAAAUAAAUGUAUGCAGGUGAUUGCUGCUAUCUGCGAAGAACUGUCACCGGACAGCAUCAUGCUGUUAUAUAUAUCUGCUUCAGGUUGUUGACUUUCUCCCCUUUCGCUCUCACCCAGCUCCUCCCUUUCCUCAUAUCUAGUCCCCCACGGUUCACUCAUCUCCACCCUAUUUAAUGCAGGAAGAGUUGACCAGAGCGUUUCUUCCCAGAAAUAUAAUCCUGGAGCUUCAAGGAACCCUUCAAUAGCGAAUGCUAGCCGCUAUAAAUCGGAUAAUCCAUCAUCUGACGACUCCCCCCGCAGCAAAGACCAGAGGGACACCUCUGCAAGCGGCCUCCUUCUUGGCUCUCAGGGAAAGAGAGGUUAGUAUCCUCGUUCACCAUGCCAGCAUUCCCGUUGUCUAGAAUAAAAAUACAAUAUGUAUAUUGUAUUGAUAUAUUGAUAUAUAUAUAUAUAUAUAUUCCCAUGUUUCAUCCACUUAUGUUACUGGUAAUUUGUGUUCUUCAGGUUUGAACUGGCUGUAUCCUUCUGAUCUGAUCCCCUUCACCCGGAGCCCACUUUUCCUCAUCAUCGACAGCGAUAACAGUCAUGCAUUCAAGGCAGGUUUGUCAAAACUCUUUUGGAUUCGCCCGAUAUUUUCUUGGAAUGGAAACGUUGACUAAAUACAUCAGUUGACUUUCUAUUGCUUGAAAUGGAAAUCGAUGCCAUUCUGAACCAAAUUCGCUUUCUUUAUUCCAAUCCCUGUCCGCUCACUUCUGCAUCUGGAAUACCCACAGGCUUUGCAUGGUUCGGACAGGGGAGAGCCCGCUGUGCUCCUUCUUUCCCCUCGGAGGUCAACGCCUGAUGCUCAAUUUGUCGCCAGUCCAACGACCAAUCGAAGCCAGUUUACUCUCUUCCUAACCUCUCCUCUGCCAGCAUUUUGCCAGCUGGUGGGCCUGUCAGACGUUGACCAAGUGGGUCCACCCCCGCACUUCGUUUGACCCUUUCCUCUGUGACGGCAGGUCAGCGUCGCUGACUAUUCCGAGCUUCCUUGUUUAAAAUUUUACAGGAGACCUGCGGCAAUACGGAGGCCGUCCUCUCGGCCGCCCUGGCGAAGUGGGAGGUGAUCCUCUGUUCAUCAGUUCGCUUGAAUCCGGUCUACGCCCGAGUUCUGCUGGAUCCGUUUCUCCGGCGCCUGAUCACCAGGUACCACGCCUAAUGCUCGUGAGUUUGACUUUAUGUUCUUGGGACUGAUCUCCGUCCCCGUCGACGAUUCAUCUGCUCAAGGAAUCCUCUCUACUUUCUGAGACGAUCAAAAGAAACUAAUUCAACGCCCCUACGUUCUUCGCAGGUUCAUCUUCUGCCGAUCCGCGCUAUCUCUGUUCCGGCACGGAGGGAGCGGAGAGGGGGAGUACCUGCCGGAGUGCUCGCCGGAGCUCCCGGAGGCCGUCUCGCCGGAGUCGUCGGCGGUGCAGUCGGGGCUCCGGCAGGUGGCAGAGUGCCUCGGCGUCGCCGGCUGCUUCCGCUUUUCGGGGGAGGGAUCUGCUCGGAGGAGAGAGUUGGUGUAA